AAUGCAGGAAUGCCUGACCUAGAAAAAAACAUGCAGAAGAACGAGAAAGAUACAUCCAGUAAAGAUGAAAGAGAAGUGCCAAAACUUCCAGUUCCACCACUGCAGCAGACCCUACACAUGUACCUACAGUGCAUGAAACACUUGGUGCCAGAGGAGCAAUUCAAAAAGACCAAGGCCAUCGUGGAGAAAUUUGGAACUCCAGGAGGCCUGGGGGAAUCCUUGCAGCAAAUGCUGGAGGAAAGAAGUGGAAAGACAACAAACUGGGUGUUUAACUACUGGCUGGAUGACAUGUACCUCAACAACCGCCUGGCUCUUCCAGUCAAUUCCAGCCCUGCAAUUAUCUUUGCUCCUCAGUGUUUCAAGGACGUGAAUGACCAGCUGAGGUUUGCCGCCAAUCUCAUUUCAGGAGUGCAGGACUACAAAGCUUUACUGGACACCCAUGCUUUACCUGCUGAUUUUUCUCGUGGACAGCUGUCUGGCCAUCCUCUCUGUAUGAAGCAGUACUACGGACUCUUUUCUUCCUAUCGCCUCCCAGGACGUACCAAAGACACCCUCGUGGCCCAGAAAAGCAAUGUCAUGCCAGAACCAGAACACAUCAUUGUUGCUUGUAACAAUCAGUUUUUUGUUUUGGAUGUUGUCAUUAAUUUCCGUCGUCUCAGUGAGGGAGAUCUUUUCACUCAGUUACAAAAGAUAGCAAAGAUGGCAGAGAAUGAAGAGGAAAUGCUGCCUCCAAUUGGCCUGCUGACAACAGACGGAAGAACAGAGUGGGCAGAGGCCAGGAUGAUCCUUAUGAAAGACUCCACCAACCGCGACUCCCUGGACAUGAUUGAGCGGUGCAUCUGCCUGGUGUGCCUGGACAGCCCCGGCAGGCUGGAGCUCAGCCGCACGAACAUGGCCCUGCAGAUGCUGCACGGGGGAGGCUGCCACAGAAACGGGGCCAACCGCUGGUACGACAAACCCAUGCAGUUUGUGGUAGGAAGAGACGGACUCUGCGGGGCCGUGUGCGAACAUUCUCCCUUCGACGGCAUCGUGAUGGUGCAGUGCACUGAGUACCUGCUCAGGCACAUGAAAGAAAGUUCCAAGAAAUUAGUGCGAGCUGAUUCGGUGAGCGAGCUUCCUGCUCCACGGAGACUAAGGUGGAAGUGCUCCCCUGACAUUCAGACACAUUUGGCAUCAGCAGCAGAAAAGCUCCAAAGGGCAGUGGAAAAUCUGGAUUUUAUUGCUUACAGAUUUGAGCACUAUGGAAAGGAAUUUAUUAAGAAACAAAAGAUCAGCCCAGAUGCCUACAUUCAAGUAGCACUUCAGCUGGCAUUCUACAGGUGCCACAGGAGGCUGGUCCCAACCUACGAGAGCGCUUCCCUGCGCCGGUUUGAUGAGGGCAGGGUUGACAAUAUUAGGUCUGCUACCUCUGAAGCAUUUGCUUUUGUCAAAGCAAUGGCAGGUGACAAGACAGCUGUGUCGGAUUCUGAGAAGAUACAGAAAUUUAAGGAUGCAAUUGCAGCUCAGACUAAUUACUCUGUUCUGGCUGUUACUGGAAUGGCAAUAGACAAUCACCUGCUAGGGCUCAGGGAGGUGGCACGGGAGCACUGCAAGGAGCUGCCAGAGAUAUUUACAGAUGAGACUUAUCUGACAAGCAAUCGAUUCAUCCUCUCAACCAGCCAGGUUCCUACUACUAUGGAGAUGUUCUGCUGCUAUGGGCCAGUGGUGCCCAAUGGAUAUGGGGCAUGUUACAACCCUCAGCCAGAGCACAUACUGUUCUGCAUCUCAAGCUUCAAAGAAUGUGAGGAAACCUCCUCAGGCAUGCUUGCAAAAGCUGUGGAAGGAAGUCUCCUAGCAAUGAGAGAUCUGUGCAACAGAUGCAGUCCUGCUGCAGCAAAGGCACCUGCUAAACAAGGUGCAGCCACGCAGCUGCAGUGA